AGCAAUAUGGCGGACUUGUUGAUGAUUCAAUGAAAUUACUUAUCGAAAGUAAACAGACGAUUUUGUGUUAGUCGUUUUGUUUUCGACCUGCAAACAUGUCUUGUCAAUUGUGUGUUUUAUCAAGGUUUCAGAAUAUUUCAGCUGUAAAGAAAUAUUUCUUCCCAGCUUCAAGGGAUUCGACUCCAGAUAUCUGUCAGUCAAACGAAGGUGAUGAGAAUUGGGAUGCUGACUGGGGGUGGAGUGAGGAUGGUGCCAAUGAGAGUGCUGAAAGUGCCGACUCUAAUGAUCAACCAGAUAAUGGCAAACAGAAAUGGUUUCAGGAAUGCAUCUUGUCACUGUCACCAACAAAUGAUAUGGUUGCCAUUGCACACAGGGACAAGAUUGUUGUCCUAGCACAAAAAUGGGAUCCUAAGCAUAGAGGUGAAGAUAUUGAAAGCAAGUUUUCUAUCCAAUGGCAAAAUAGCCUGAAGCAGGAUGAGAGUGAAACCAUAACGGCACUUAUGUGCCUGCCCUUAGCAUCACAGAAAAGGAGCACUCAAGGUGGGCCUGACUGGACGUGUGUGAUAGUUGGAUUCUCCUCCGGCUACAUUCGCAUGUACACAGAGACGGGUGUGUUGCUGCUGUCACAACUCCUCCAUGCUGAAGCUGUCCAGAAACUCAAGUGUCGGACCUACGAACCUCCACGAUUUCUUGGCAUGUCAGAGCUGCAUGAAGAGCUAGUGAUUCUCUACAAAAGAGCUGUAGUAUCGAUCGAUGGCUUCAGUCUGUUCCAGUCCCUCAGAGCUUGCAGGAACCAGGUGGCCAGGGCGACUGCAAGUGGUGGGGAGACCAUGCUGCAGCCUCCUCCCUUGGCCUACAAGAAGUGGGCACUGCAGGAUCAGGACAAGAUCAACGACCUCGUCAGCUGCGGUGUGCAGUCUUCUAACCCAUUUGAUCAGAUGAAGACAGCUUCCUUCCUAGGGGGGUUCAGCACUACCGUGAAGACCUCACCCCCUGCUGCCAACAUAUACCUCACUGCAGGGGUGGGGCCCUACGUGGGAUUCUUCUAUGCCAUGGAGGGUAGUACACAACCAAUCCUGUCUGAUGUGGCAAUGGCGGUAGCCAACAAGAUAAAGACAGCAUUGAUGUCUGCAGCAAGUGGCUGGCUUGGUUUCGGAGGCAGACAGAGAGAUGAUGCAAAGGACAAGUCUCCAAAAAUAGAACCAGCAGCACCACUGCCGUACAGGUUUGGUUUACCUGACCAGGAUGGAGGGACAGGUGCACACAGCUUGUCUCUGAUGGUAGCUGCAGUUAGUUACCGUGAUGCUCAAGUAGGCUGGAUCCAGGUUCGAGAGGAUGAUGGGCCAAGCAGCAGGAACCGCGACCACUCCCGUGUUGCCCAAUUCCUGGUCAUCUACGCUCCCAGGAGAGGAAUUCUUGAGGUGUGGACGGCAGCCAAUGGACCCCGGGUUGCGGCCUUCAAUGUCAGCAAGUGGUGUCAACUGGUGUGUCCCAGCUCAGGCAUGAUGGGAUUGAACAACGUCACAAGUCGUGGAGUGAAGUCGCGAGCUUUCCAGUGUGCACUUGUUGACCCUGAAGGCUUUGUGAAGACCCUUGAAGUCCCCUUCCAUCUGGCUCUCAGCGACAAGAGCAGCAGUCAACAGGCCAGAGACCUUCAUCUGCUGUAGGAAGUCAAGGCUAUGCUAAAGGAUAAUGCUGAGUCAACAGACUCACUGGAGUCCACCAUCAAAGAAUUGAUCCUGGACAUGAGAAUAUCAAAUAUCACCAAACAGGCUGUAGAGAGAGUUCUCAGCACCAAGUACCUGUCAUCAACCCUGAUGAAGAAUGUUCUCAAAGUAUGCAUACAGAAGAUCAGUGGGAAAGCUGAUGCGACCCUGGACAUCGACAGCAAGCUGUUCCUGCGGUUCUGCCAGGCCCAGGACAACCUGAUACACACCUACAAGAUGGUGGAGAAGUUCACCUCCCGCGGGGAUGCUUCCCCCUCUGGAGGUGCAGAGGAGUCUAACAAUGAGAUGGUGGCCAGGUCACUGGGACUGACAUGGUCAGAAGUACAAGAGGUGGUAUCUCAACUGGACAAAUUCAGCUCAUCAGCUGACACAGCAGAGCCGCACGUCAAGUUCAAGGAGCAGGCCAUGCCGGUCAGCACUUUUCUGCACUGCUUUACAUGUCAUCUGCACUGCAGUGACCAUGACUCUAGUCGACCAGUCACCGUAUCUGUACAUAAAGGCUUGUCCGAAGACAGGAGGCUGGCAUUAGCCCACCUGUUUUUCCACUCAUGUCUGUGUGGAGAAUCAGCCUCGGGAGACGUGAGCAUCGUGCUGCAGGAUGCCAACCUACCGGCAGACCAGAUCAUAGACCUGCUGCUAGUCUACUGGAUGUCCUCAGAUGAGAGAAGCGUAACAUCUUUGCCAAAUUUGAUUCACCUUAUAAAAACUGUUACAGCGAUGACAGACAAGAGCGAGGUUCUAGUCGAUCAUAAUGUUGCUUCCCCAUGGUGGCAGAAAAUCCGAGAUGCAUGCUGCCAUUCACAAAACAUAUGUGCAGUCUACAUCCUGGCACUUGCCUCCCGAGCUGUUGCCAUGGAGAUAUUUGGCAGUCAAACAAAAGCCAAGGACCCGGAUGCAGACACAGCCAGCCUGAGUUCAGACAAGACGGACAUGUCUGAGUGGGAGUCGCUAGCGGUGGACAUGGAACACUGGAACCUGCUUAUCAAGCAGCUGGAGGAUGUCCUGGCUCUCAGCUUCCUCAUCCACCUCAGACUUCCGCCCAAUGAAAUGUGUCCUUAUGGACCCAAACCGGCUUUAGACCCAAUCAGAUUAUCCGUCUUGAAACUGUUGGAAGGUGGCAGAGGGUCGAUAUCAGAGAUCGUGGCCCAGUAUAUCAUCCGCCUCCAGCUGCAGCCACAAGCUCUCUACAAGCAGCUGCUCAGCACCAGUAUCGACAGUGACGAUGCAGCCCUGGAUGCCGAGCCUGCCGCCGAGGCCACAGAGGGUCAUCAACCGACCUGCCUGGAGAAAAUACAAGACCAACUGGCAGAGCUGAGGGUGAGGUUUCCACACAGUCUGGAGAAUGACAUCCUGCUGUCCAACUGCUGCUGGGAGUAUGCUGUUCAGUGGAACAAGGACCCAGAGCUGAUUAGUUAUCUCCACUUGUCACUGGAGUACCUGAAGCUUGUCCAGAAUGCAGUUCUUAGACAAGGGCUGAGUAGCAUGAUGUGGCACAUGUACGUGGUGAAGAGGGUAACAGCAGCGGCAACGCUCAUGGAGAAGGUGGGAAAGGCACCGAAAGAAAGACUUUGCAGGAAGGAUGUUGGUAUGAGCGACACGACUAUGAUCAGCUUCAUGGACAGUGUUGUGGACUUGCUGCAGGUUGCAAUGGACGCAAACUGUGAGGCGAACGAGGUGCCGGUGUUCAACCUGGAGCAGCUGUGGCAGCAGAUUCGCGGCCCCGCCUCCCUGGUGGAGUUGGCAGUAGAUCAGAAGGCCACCAACUAUCACCUGAUUCGCCACCACUACCACCUCGCCGUCAUCAUGCACGCCGUCAUGCUCUUCAACAUGAAGUCAGUUAAGGUCCUCUCACUGUUCGAUACAAAGGGGCGGAAUAGCUUCUUCAAGGAGCUGCACUCCCAUCCUGUGCUACCAAACCAGAAUGUUGAUGCAGCACUUUCUGUUGCCAGGAGGACGUUCCUGUGCAGGGUGAUAACAGAAGCCAUCAGUACCUUGGGGGAGAGAAGUGAGGACGUGAGUACGAGUCCUCGCCGACAACAGAAAACUGUAGCCUUCCGCUGGCCUAUGCUUACUGUGGAUCUGGGGAAAGACUUCGGCCUUGACAUAGACUACCUCAAACGGCACCACGUUUGUCAGCUCUACUCCGCUGGACGUGACAAGUUGGCUGAGGAGGUACUGCUGACCGUCAAUGACCAUGAGCUGAUGGGGUCGCAGCUGUUGCCGAUAGCGGGUCAGCGUGUGGCCUACUUCCUGUUUAGGUGCGACUACCAAGGGACCGUGAAGAUCAUGUCGGACAUAUCCACCACUCUAUCCACUUGGCUGAAGCAGCUGGUGAGUGACUGUUCAGGAGAUUACUUGAUGGACCCGGAGGAACUGGUCAACCCCGAUCCCCCGAUGUCUGACACAGCCUUGCUUCUAGAACAUGUAGCCAAUCAACUGCCGGAAGGUUACUCAGAGUACAACCUAACAAUCUCAUUGGUUGAGCUAGUACAGUUAUUGUUAUCAUCAUCGUCAGAUACAGAUUGUUAGCAUGGGUUGUUAGCGACCUGGGGCUUAUGGUUAUGGAAAAACUGAUAAUGCUUUCUCGUUUUCAACAUGAUUUGCACCUACCCAUAAUGCCUUGUAAUAUGUGGAGCAGAACGUCUGCAACCAGUGCAGAU